AUGUCGUGCUCUUGGUCGAUGCCGAUUCGCACAGCGUGGAAGAGAUCAGGAAGGGGGUUGCAGUUCUGACCCAGAAGUAUGGCGAUGUCAAAACGUCCGUAUUCGCUGCGCCCAGACGCCUCGAAAACAGUAAGUGGAAGCAGUUUUUGCAAGAGCCGGGAAUGGAGUUCCGACCUGUGCCACGGCGGCACCUUGUUGGGGAAGCCAACGACCAAGAGAUAUUUGACGAGAUGCAGUGCCUGGCCGAGUCGAAUUCCACGAAAUGCAUAGCUCUGCUGGUGUCAGAUAAGGAUUUCUUCGAUUGUUCGCAAGCACUGGCGUCACGAGGUCAGGAAGUUGUAGUGCUCGUACCUGCUGCAAAUACAAAUGUGUUGCGGAAGUAUGAGGAGUUGGGCGUGCCCGUUUUGGAGCUGCCUCAUGGGGGUGCAGCACCAAAGGUUCGAGUUCGAGCUGUUCUGGAGACCGAUGGAGGAGGCAGCGUACAACUGGCAGAUGCCUGGGUUUUCCGAGACAGCACAGAGGAGGUGAUUCACAUCACUAGCUUGCUGGAGGAUUUGGGCUUCCUCGAUGGCACUGGGUAUCUUCUGCCGGCAAUCGUGAAAUUUUGGUUUACCAAUGCCCUUGGGCCACUGACAGUGUACCCGAAGCAGUGUGCCACACUGGCGCUUCACGACCGUGUGACGAGUCCUGCCACCAAACGUUUGUGGCAGAGGCCCCAAGCGGAUUUCUCGUUUUGCGUACCCAUAUCAUCAACCAAGGGGAGGAUCACAAGAAAACAGAAAGAGCGGUACGGCAGUGCAAAGGCACGUCAGGUCUUUCUCGGAGGAGGGCCUUUCAUGCUACAGGAUUCAGAGUCUCUGGUUGCUCAAUCGUUAGAACGUCUCGGCUAUUUGGAUGCGGACCUGAACAAUGAUUUCUCCGAGGCGGUGACAGUGUUCCUGAACGCCACUCACAACAAGUGCCCUGUCUGCCACGAGCUAAUGAAGAAGACUCUGCGCAAGAUGGGUGAACUGCCAGCUCCAAACGACACCUUCGUGGAGGCUGCAGCAAGCUUGAGGAAAGCUUUCUUGUCGCGGAAAACUGCCGGUAUGUGGCAGAUUGCGCCGCGCAGCCGAACAAUCCGAAUAUUAUUGUGCAAACUAGGCCUCCUUCGCGAUGUUGCAAGUCCAGACCGUACAGUGUUCAAGGCGAUGAGAAAGUACAUGCGAAAUGAGCGCUUGCCGAUUAUGAAAACCUUCAACGGCUGCUGUCUGCGAAUCUUGCAACACUAUGAGCAGCGUAAGGACCCCAGCCACACAGGAUUUUUUGAUUUCAACGCUUGA